AUGGUUUUCGGGACUUUUGCACGUCUUUCCAGGUACUCCAGGGCAUGCUAUGAAAAUGUCAAAGGAGGAACUCCAUUUGGUUCGAGAUGCCGGGGACAGCCUUUCUUCAAUCCAUCAUACCGGAAUCCUGAUGAUUUGGUUUUAUUAGACGAGGUUGGACAUCGUAAAGAAUCACAAAACAAAACAAAUUAUAGCAAAUACUCAACGGUUCUCCCAUCACUUACUGUUACGAAGAAUUACGUGAUAUUUGAUCCAUACAAUAGGAGAAAGAAGAAAGACCAGGAUGAAGAUGAAGAUGAAACUGCAGAUCUAGAUGAUGGACCCACCGACGGGAAUGGAAACAGAAUAAGCAGGAGGGCUAAUCUUCAAAGGAUCAUGCUUAAGCGUGUGAAUCAUAGUUUAAACAGAAAUAGCCACUUGAAAAUUAGCAUAGAGUCGAUGAAUGCGGCUUACACAACAUUGGGAAUUAGAAGAAGCAGCUCUAACGCCAUUAAGCGGGUGGUUGUUGCAACUGAAGGUAUAUGCCCAGACUAUAAAACUGCAAUGAACGGACAACAAAGAGCUUUCAGUACGAGUACUACCGACCUUGCAAAAUUGAAAGAAGAGAUGGAGAAACUCAAGCUUUCCGAAGAACCUCAGGGCAUCAAAUUCAUGAUGGAGAUAGAGAAACCUGGCGAGGAGGAAGAUGAAGAGGAAAAGGAAGUUGCCGACGACGUUGAGCAAAAAGUUAAUGCUCAAACAGCAGGUGAUUUUUCACCACAGACAUAUUCCGAUGAAGAAAUCAUAGACAACAUGAUGGCUGUGGGGAAGGUGAAUGAAGUUUUGUCUGUUUAUCUCCGAUUGCGUUCCAACAACAUUGUUCCAAGCAUUAAAGUUUACAACAAAGUGAUGGAGUCGAUAAGGCUCAGAGAAACAGAUGAGACAAUGGAGCAGAAGCUAACUAAUCUUCUUAACGUUUACUCAGACAUGCUUUCAAAUAGCAUAAAGCCUGACAACAUUUCGUACGAACUUGUGAUCAAGUCAUUGGUUGAAGGAUCGUUACAUACAUACCAAAUGGCCCAGUUCAAGGAAGGUGGGGACUUUUUAAAGAUUGCACUUGAACUGUUCUUCAUUAGUCAUAAUAACGAAUCCGCAAUAAUGUUCAAGGACCGUUCCAUCUAUAGAGAAUUGUUGGAAUGUUUGAACUGCUAUCAGAUGGUGACCUCUACGGAUAUCAAGACUUUGUACGAGAUAUUGAAGAACCGGAUGGCUGGUGACAAUACGUUACUAUUAUCAUUCUACUUACAGCUGAUUAGGUUUGCCUCAUUGAAGAGAGACUUUGACUCAGUUCAGUUAUUAUAUAACGAGCUGAGGUCGGAAAUUGAUGAUCAACAGCUUAAGAAUAGUCAAUAUAGAAUAUAUUGCAGUUUAAUUGAGGCCAUGAACUUUUGUGGAGAAAUACAAAGAAGCUCUAUAAUGCUUGAUCAAAUUAUAAAGAACAUGGAUUCAAGGACUGCAAGGCAUUCCCAAGAGGAUAUAUCUGCCUUGAUUUCCAGUUUCUUGAAAUCCCAGGCCUGGAUUGACCCUUACAAGGCAUACGACACAUUUUUGAAGUUCAACAGGGUGGAUUGGAUGCCAGACUUUACCGUUGAGGCUCUUUCUAACCUUUUUGCAUCGUUCUUGGUUAGAAAUGAUCUUAAAAUGGCAUCAAAGGUUUAUGAUUACGAUGUGAUUAGAGAGGAUUUCGACAGAUCAAUAGAUUCUCUUCCAACCAAAUUAGAAAACAACUUCCUAUUAGUUCAUCAGAGUUUUGACAAAUAUGUGGAUCUGUUGAUUGUUUCUGGGGAUAAGAACCUUCUUUUAAAGGUGGUUAGAGAGAUUUUACUUAAGAAAUCGUUGGUUCUAUCGGAUCCAGUACUGGUCAGAUUGCUAGAUUACUUGGAACAGGAAGGUUAUUAUGAACUUGCCAACAAGUUUAUUAUUGACCAAGGCUCAAAGAAGAACGAGAAAAGGGACGUUACUUUGAAUAAUUACCUUUCACUGAUUGUGGACUUCAUCAAACCAGAACAAAUUAAGGACAUUUGCGACACCAAGUAUUUCAAAAAGACGGUCGAACAAUAUAGAUUAACUCGUGACAAUGCAUACGGACUCAUGACUGUGUUUAAGAAUAUCACGUCGAAAUUGAGCCCAAAUGAGCUUAGGCUUAAGUUUGCAUACUAUACCAAGGUGUUGAAUUAUGAAUUCGAUGAUGCAGCAAACUUCUACGUGAACUUACCUGAUGAGGUCAGAAAUUUCAAAGAACGUUUGUCGACGUUAUGCGGGGAACUUAGUGCAUAA